GGAGGCGGAGUCAGGAGAGGAAGCAUGAGGGGAAGAGAAGGAAGAAGUAGGAGGAGUCUGUUUGUUGACAUCGGACGAAAACGAUCAGAUGAGUGAAAACUGGUGUUAAUUUAUUUCGCUCCCAUCAGGACACUUAGCCUUGGCGAAAGCUGAGGUUGCCUGUCCUGUUGUGUUUUUGAGCCAGAGAAGCUGAGGCAAACAUGGCAGCCAAAGCAGGAGACAACCCUGACAGCCUCAUGACUCUGGCAACAGUCUUCUGCCUGAGGAACUUGAGGAAGACUAUGUGCUAUCAGGGAUUAAGGAACAGGCUCUGCCUGCGCUCAGACAUCUUUCUUCCCAGCGAAAUCUGUGACAAGCUGGUCAACACAUACAUGGAGUUAGUUCACACAGACAGUAACUUUGAACCAGAGGAGAGCUUCUUUCAACUGUUCUCAGAUCCUCGAACCACACGAUUGACCAGGGUGCAGCUGCGGGAAGAUUUUGUUCAUGACAGAGAUCUGGAAGCCAUUAGAAAUCAGGAUCUCAUCGAACUCCACCUCACCUACUGCAACAAUCUGUCCGCCCGCAGUUUGAAAACGCUGUCCUGCCUCCGUGCGACUUUGGUCUCUCUUUGUCUCUUUGGGUGCAGCCAUAUUUUCUACAGGAAACUCGGCGCUCCACUGGUCUGUAAUGAAGACAGUGAGGAUGACGAGGAGGAGGAAAGCCCUGCUUCUCGGCAGGCCUUGGAGACGGACUUCAGCUUUGAGGGGUUUAACCGCCUCCGGUUGCUUAAUUUGGGCGGUUUACCCGAUGAGGUGGAUGCUGAGACUUUACUAAAGCCUCUGAGGUCUGUCGUCUCACUGGAUCUGUCCAAUGUUCAGCUGCUUGGAACAGCUUUUCUCACACAGUGGAAAGAUAGACUGGCAUCUCUGGUUCUGUACAAUGUGGACUUGUCAGAGGAGUUAGUCAAUACUGUGUUGGAGCUCAUUAAUCUCAGGCAUCUUGAUAUAUCGCGGGAGAGCAGGCGGAUGUCAAAGUUUAAAAUGACCAGGAAAAUCCUCACAGCCAUUAUACAGCGUCUGGUCAACCUGGUGUCGCUGGACAUCUCGGGCCAUAUUAUGCUGGACAACUGCACAGUUCCACACAGUGAAGAUGCGAUGGGACACCCAAGUACUGAGCCAUGCAAGAGCAGCAUCUAUCCUUUCCAGGAGUUGAAGAGGCCCUUGCAGUUUCUGGGUUUAUAUGAAACUACCCUUUGUAAUGUGAUGCACAUCCCUGCUUAUAAGGUGACUGGAUCAAAGAAUGAGGACCAGGUUCUGAAUGCCAUUGAAGCUUACACAGAGUUUCGUCCCGAGUUGGCACACAGAGCCAUCAAUCAGCUGUUUGACAUCGCUAGGAUACAACACUGUAGCCAGUUGCUCCGUGCUUUGCAACUUGUUAUAGCAGCACUCAAGUGCCACAAAUAUGAUAAGAGCAUUCAGGUGACGGGCAGCGCUGCCCUGUUUUACCUGACCAACACAGACUACCGCAGCGUCCAGAGUGUCCGGUUACGCCGAGAGGUCAUUGAAGUGGUGCUAAAUGGAAUGGAACAGUACCAGGAGGUCACAGUCCAGAGAAAUUGCUGCUUGACACUGUGUAACUUCAGCAUUCCAGAGGAGCUGGAGUUCCAGUACCGACGGGUCAACCAGCUGUUGCUGAAGAUCCUGGAGCCAGCACGGCAGGAUGAGUCCAUCCAAAGAAUUGCUGUGCACCUUUGCAAUGCUUUGGUCUGCCAGGUGGACAACCAUCACAAGGAAGCAGUGGGAAAGAUGGGAUUUGUCAAGACGAUGUUGAAUUUGAUUCAGAAGAAACUGCAGGACAGAGUGUGUGACCAGGUGAUGGAGUUUUCCUGGAGUGCGUUGUGGAACAUCACUGACGAGACUCCUGACAACUGUCAGAUGUUCCUCAACUGUCAGGGGAUGGAUCUCUUUCUGGACUGUCUUGAAGAGUUUCCAGACAAGCAAGAGCUGCAUCGAAACAUGUUGGGACUUUUGGGGAAUGUUGCUGAAGUUAAAGCUUUAAGACCUAAGCUGCUCACCCCACAGUUCAUCACUGUGUUCAGUAACCUGCUGGACAGUAAGGCUGAUGGGAUUGAGGUGUCAUACAACGCGUGCGGUGUGCUUUCACACAUUAUGUUUGACGGGCCGGACGUGUGGUUGAUUGAUGAGCCACGAAGAGAUGCAGUGAUGGAAAAGAUGUGGGAGGCUAUCGAAAGCUGGGAUGUCAGCUCACGGCGCAAUAUCAACUAUCGGUCAUUCGACCCUAUUCUACGUCUGCUGCCUCAGACGAUCUCUCCUGUCAGUCAGCACUGGGCUACAUGGGCUCUUUACAACUUGGUGUCAGUUUACCCAACCAAGUAUUGUCCUUUGUUGAUAAAAGAAGGAGGAAUGGCUCUUCUGGAGCAAGUUCUGGAACUGCACACUUCAAAGUUUGUGACAAAGGACAUGGCCAGGAACGUAAUAGAGCAGUGUGAAAACUUUAUAGACAACCCCAUGGAAAUAAAUCAUGGACAGGAUGUCAACUAUGGACAAGGAGGAUAAGAUGACGGGAGCAGUGAUUCCCUCCAAACAUCGAGCAAACCAACGUAAGGCCCCUCCUUCUGUCAUCACUACAAGGGUUGAUUGUGUGCAUUAUUUUUAUUAUUGUGGUUAUUUUGUAGAGCAGAAGUGCAUUUCUGGCCCUCCUCAUGACAGUUUGGACUGAACCCCGACUGUGUGACACAUAGGACUUAAGAUGCGGUGCAUGGUGUUUAUUGUGAGGGUGCUUACCUUUGCUACACAUUAGCGUCUCUUCUUUUGGGGAGCUUCAUGUCGUAGGUGACUGUUCUCUCUCCGUGUGCGUGUUUGUAACAUUUAAUGACAGAACAGGCCAGUCGGAGUGAUGCUUGGCGGGGGGGACCCUCCCCAGCACACUACUCUUUACUGUGUAACAUUAAAGGACAGGCUAAAUGUGAUGUAGCCUCCAGCGCCAUCAUCGGAGCUCAUGGCUCGUCCAACCCGCCGUUUCUGCGUUGAACAUGCUUCCGGUCAGGAUGUGGAUGGCGCCGCGCUGUUCACACGUGUACAGUGACAAUUAGCCGCUAUGUUGUGGAGGCUGCAGACAGACAUUGUGAUGACGUUGAGGAGGAACGUCUUCCCACUUGCAGUGGCACAACAAUGGACUUCUUUGUUGUAUAUGUAAAUAUUCUCUGUUUUGUCCCAUCCUAUUACUGUGUGUAUGUUUUAUAAUAUAACUGUAAACACUCAUGACUUUACUCUGGAUUUAAAUGUCUCAUUUUGACUGGCAGAGGGGUCAGUGCAGAAAGACUAUAAUCAGAUCGAGACACCCAAUUAUUCAAAGUAGUGUAGUAAUCUAGAAUGUCUAGAAUAAAGGAUAAUGUUGGUUUAGUUUGAAUGAGUUGACAUUGCAGCCUGGUUCAGUUCAUUAGUCUCAUUUUUGGAAGCACUGUUGAGCUCGAGCCGCUGAGAAGUGGAAACACUCUAAAACAAAAUUACCAUCAGGUCUGUAUGUAUUUGGAUAGUGACAGUUUUUGUAACUUUGCUUCCCUACACCAUUGCUGUGGUGUUAUUUGAUGUGAAACAGUUGAGGCUUUUGCAUUGUUGACUGCUUUAAUUCAAGCAUUUAACAGAAAUAUUGCAUUAAGCAUUUUAAGAAUUACAGCCAUUAUACAACUGCUCAUGUAUAAACAUCACUCUUAUACACGGGCAGCUGUAUAAAACCAGUCCUCCUAUGAUAGACGCCCUAAAACCAGGGUUCUUCUGGAUGAUUCUGUCAACUGUGAACAACCAAAUGUUGUUUGUUGUUUGUGAAACAGCUGAAGGCAGGGAAAGCUCCAGAGACGUGUGGAAUUGGAGCUGAGCUCCUCCGUGUGGGUGCAAAUUCUGUUCAAGCACUGCAAACAGUUGAUUUUUCAGUCUGGAAUAUGGUAUCAUGCCUAUGGAGCGGAAGAAAGGAUUUGUUGUCCAGCUGUAGAAAUCAGUGAUUACAUCGAUUGCAACAACUUCAGGUGUAGUUUUCACAGGAAUCAAAGCACUAAACAAAAUAAACUCCAAUAAUAAAAAAACAAUCAUCAAUAAUUAAAGUACACUGCAACAAUACACAAUCAUCUCAAAUUAAAGUGCUGUUAAAAAGUCAAACGGACUUGCAUGCUUAUUGUUCUGUUUCCAACACUAUAGACCAGCAAUCUGUGUACAUCUGACAAAUUCUUUUGUCCAAACUGCGUCAAAUAAUAUCCAAUAUGUUGUUCAAUGGAUGUUAGUCUUGCUUAUUUUUGUAAUUUAAAAGUCCUUAUGUUAAGUAACGGCACAGGCUGUGAUGUGCACAUGUGCUACACUGGGUUCCUGUGCAUUGUUAAACUUGCCCCGAGGGAAACGCUGUGUUAAAAAGUGAGGUUCCACAUACAGAUAAAAGUUGCGACUUGUGCUCUAGAAAUUGUGGUACUUGCGUGCUCUGAUAGUGGAGAUAUUAUGUACACAAAUGACUGUAAUUUUUUUUUUUUUUUGACACCUUGAAUAACAUCUAAAGGGUCUAUAACAUCUAGAAUACAUGUCUAAAAAGGCAAAAUACAAAAAUUGCGGUGCUGUCCAAAUACUUAUGGACCAGGCUGCAGACCAAGUAGAUUUGUCCCAUUUCUUGUUCCACAUUCAGGACUGUUCCUCUGAUCCUGUACAUCCUCAAACGUCGUAUCUCAAAUUUCUGUGACUUGUAUAAUGUACAUAAAAGAAUUUGGGUUGUUGAAUAUUAUUAAAAAACAAAAGGAAA